AUGCUUUUUCUUAUCGGUUUUGGGUGGCAUGUAGCAGCCAGUUUUGCAUUUCUUGUUGCUAUUCUAUCUCCAAAUUGGAUAGCAUUUCAAUUAGCCACGUCAUCAGACAAUACUAAUGUUCAACGAGGUAUUUUUUAUGUAUGCGAAUUACUUUCAACGACGAGUGUUUAUGAAUUAACACAGUGCACAUCAAUAAUUGAUGUAGACCCAAUAAAUAUUCAAAAAGGGACAUGGAUAUAUAAACUUGGUAUUGCAUCGGCAGCACUUGCUAUUAGUUGUGCUGGACUUAGUCUUAUUGUUGUAUGGCUAUCUGGAAUUAAUUUCAAUCGUCGUAAAAGAGAUUCAAUUACACAAUGUUUUUUAUCAUCUAUUUGCAUUUUAUUAUUUGUUACUUUUUGCACAUCAGUAGCCGUUUGGAUUUUACUCAUAGCUGAAAUUCUGUCACUUGGUCAAACAGCUGAAACGUCAAUAUUCAGAUGGCCAAUGUGGUUAGCGAUUGGUGCCUCAGGUGGUUUUCUAAUGGGAUUUAUAUCAAUGGUUUUAUCAUUGUGUAGAGGGCUUAGUUGUCGAAGAAGAAGACGAGACGAAUCAUAUUCUCCAGAAAAUCAUUUCUAA